AUGAGUCAACAAGCCAACCCAGACCAAGCCGCAGACGAAUUUGAACCCAGACCAUACGUCGCACAAGACCAAGGGCAGCUCCGCCAGAGGUCAUCCCUGCGGGUGCCAAUCCAAUCGCAUCACGCAUCACCCGCUUCAGAAGAACCCGAAACCCACCACGCCCAGACCGUACCUCACUUCCCCUACAACCUCGUGAUGAAAGUGACCACUUCGGAGCCACGCGACGUGUUGCAAUCGGAACGCACGUGUUUGACAUUCAUCCGAUUCUCAACUGCCUUGUUCUUUACCGCGUUGGGGAUAAUGUUGAACUUCAAAUUGGAUACCCUGGGGCAAGAACCAGCGCAACCGGAUCCAAACCGCAGGAAACACCCCAUUUUCAACCAUCUGAAGUAUUCCAAGGCCGCGUCGUUCAUGUUGUUGAUCUUGGCUUUGUUUGUCUUGGUGCUUAGUGCCGUUAACUAUUUCAUUACUGUCAACCGAUAUGCGCGCCACAAGAUCGCCACGUACAACUUCAACAAUUUGACUACGAUGGCGUGCAUGACGGGCAUCGUUUUCACGUUGGGCGUGAUCAAUAUUACUAUGCUCAUAGAGGGAUAUGUCAGGGAACGGUAA